AUGGAUGAGUCAACGCCGUCCGUCUACCCACCGGUCCCGGAAGCCCAGGCUGUGGCGCCUUACCCAAUGCCUGCCUCGCAGGUCGCAUCAUCAACCGCCCCAGUCAUGUCGCAACCCAUGGCGCCCGCCUAUCGCAACUCCAACUCUCCUGUCUCGGAAUCCUCGCGUGCCGCCCCUGCCGCCAACAAGGCUUCGACCAAGAAGAACCAGUAUCCCUGCCCUCUAGCUAAGGUCUACAACUGCAGCGACUAUUUCACCACAUCCGGACAUGCCGCUCGUCACGCCAAGAAGCACACCGGCAAGAAGGAUGCCUUCUGUCCUGAGUGCAACAAGGCUUUCACUCGCAAAGACAACAUGGAGCAACACCGUCGCACCCACCAGAACGUUCGUGGUCCCUCCAAGUCUACCGAUGGCCGUGUGAAGAAGUCUACCAAGCCUGUACCGCGCAAGUCUGUCAGUGGACCAUUGGAAGCUGCUGCUGUUGCCCAGCUCGAAGACCACCCAGCGCAACAGCAACAACUUCCUCAACACCAGUUCCAAUCAAGUCAACAGCCCAUCAUGUCGACCAGCCCUUACUACAUCAAUCCCGACCCUAUCCAGCCUCUUCCUCAACCAAUCUUGUCUGAGUUCAACACAAGGCCUCCUCUCUACCAUCGCUCAAACUACCCGAGCUCUCUUGAUUAUCUCCCUGCUCAGGCCAGUCUGGUUCAAGACCCCGACCUCCACUACAGCUACCCGUCGCCUGGUCUUUCCAACGGUCUUGACACGCUCGCUUUGGCUGCCAGCGACCACCGUCGCAUGUCAGGCGAAGACUCUUGCUAG